GUUAUAUUGAGAGAAAUAAUGCGGAAUAUUUCCUCCUGUAGGUGUUAACGCAGAAAAUACAAGAUGAAGAAGCAGUUCAAUCGGAUGCGACAGCUCGCCAACCAAACGGUGGGAAGGGCAGAAAAAACAGAAGUGUUGAGCGAGGACCUUCUACAGGUGGAGAAGCGUCUGGAUCUGGUCAAGCAGGUGACACACAGCACUCACAAGAAGCUGACUGCCUGCCUGCAGGGUCAGCAGGGAACUGAUGUGGAGAAGAGAUCUGUCAAGUCACCUUCUAAAAAACUACCGCUCACAAUCCUGGCACAGUGUAUGGUAGAAGGGGCUGCAGUGUUGGGAGAUGACUCUCUCCUGGGGAAGAUGCUGAAGCUGUGUGGGGAGACGGAAGAGAAGUUGGCGCAGGAGCUCAUCCAGUUUGAGUUCCAGAUAGAGAGAGAUGUGGUGGAGCCUCUCUAUGUGCUUGCUGAGGUGGACAUUCCCAACAUCCAGAAACAGAGGAAGCACUUAGCUAAACUUGUCUUGGACAUGGACUCCGCACGGACAAGAUAUCAGCAGUCAGCCAAGUCAUCCAGUCACCCGAGCACUCUGCAGCCUGGCGCCAAGUCCGAGUCCCUCAGAGAGGAGAUGGAAGAGUCAGCCAAUCGGAUGGAGAUUUGUAGGGAUCAGUUGUCAGCAGAUAUGUACAAUUUUGUGGCCAAAGAAAUCGACUAUGCAAAUUACUUCCAGACACUGAUAGAAACACAGGCAGAAUAUCACAGGAAGUCAUUAGAGAUUCUUCACAGUGUCCUGCCCCAGAUUAAAGCUCACCAAGAGGCGUGGGUGGAGAAGCCGUCGUUUGGCAAGUCUCUGGAGGAACACCUGAAUAUUAGUGGGAGAGAGAUUGCCUUCCCCAUCGAGGCCUGUGUCACUAUGCUGUUAGAGUGUGGCAUGCAAGAGGAGGGUCUCUUCAGAGUGGCUCCGUCAGCCUCCAAGCUGAAGAAGCUGAAAGCCUCCCUGGACUGCGGAGUUCUGGAUGUGCAGGAGUACUCCUCCGACCCGCACGCCAUCGCAGGCGCUCUGAAAUCAUACCUCCGUGAGCUCCCCGAGCCAUUGAUGACCACUGAACUAUAUGAUGAAUGGAUUCAGGCCUCCAACAUUCAAGAUAUGGACAAGAGACUACAAGCACUAAUGGCAGCAUGUGAAAAACUCCCCACAGACAACUUGAACAAUUUCAGAUAUCUAAUCAAAUUCUUAGCCAAGCUGAGUGAGUAUCAAGAUGCAAAUAAGAUGACUCCUGGUAACAUGGCGAUCGUCCUCGGCCCUAACCUGCUCUGGACACACACUGAGCCAAACAUGACAGAGAUGAUGACCACCCUGUCCCUACAGAUUGUUGGCAUCAUUGAGCCCAUCAUCCAGCAUGCUGACUGGUUCUUCCCUGGAGAGAUUGAAUUCAACUUGACAGGCAGUUAUGGCAGCCCGAUCCACACCAACCACAACUCCAACUACAGUUCCAUGCCCUCACCAGACAUGGACCAAUCUGAUCGCAAGCAGCAGCACGACCAGAGCCGACGCCCACUGAGCGUCGCCACUGACAACAUGAUGCUGGAGUUUUACAAGAAGGAUGGCAUUAGGAAGAUACAAAGUAUGGGAGUCCGGGUUAUGGAUACCUCCUGGGUGUCUCGUAAAGGUUCAUCCACACUGGCACGCAAGGCUUCUUCCACCCCUCCAGGCAUGCAAGGCCCCGGCUCUCCCGCAGACACACUCAUCCCCGAGCAGCCUGGAGAGCUCGCCACCUCGCCGUCGGCGACACCGCCACCUGGAGAAAGGUUUUGCUCAGACAACGUGUCGCCCAAUCGGCCGGACACCUCUCAUGCCCACCCACCCCCAGGGGAGGACCGGCCACCCCCCCCUUACCCCACCUCCUCGUGCCACACUCUCCCCCACCACUUCUAUCCCAAACCCCCACCCUGCGCUCGCCCUGUGGCACGUCCAGAGUCCAGCCCCCGGCUCACCCCCACCCCAGUGCGCUGGUCUGGCUUCACUCCCCCGGCCCCGCCCCCUUCCUCUUCUUCCUCCUCCUCCUCCUCGUCGCUUGACAUCAAUUCAAACCCCAAACCCAGCUGUCUGCACUUCCCCAAGCACAGUCCGCCAGGUGACAUGUCGCAUGCCCCCCCGCCAGACACUAAUGCUUCACCACUCUACAUCAAAACCCCCUUGGUACUAACCCGCCAUGACCAGUCCCUUGGCAACCCCCCUAGCCUUCCCUCGUCCGCACCCCCGCCCCCGCCGUGGGCUGCCUGUCCAUGUGCCCGAGAGAGAGGACCCCCCAGGCUGACUAGUUCAUUGAAGAGUAAAGAGCUCUCCCCUGUAAUUGGACACAAAGCCAUCCAGGUGGCAGGUCCAACGGUCCCUCCCAGCAGCAGUCCUCAGAGCAGCAGCCAGUCCCCCCACUCCACAGAGCACAGUCCACACACCCUGCGCAAAGGUUCCAAGAAGUUGGCCCCUGUGCCUCCCAAGGUCCCUUAUGGCCAGUCUGGCGGGAUGUCCGACCAGUCCACAGGUCAGCCGUCACCGGUCAGCCUGUCUCCCACACCCCCUAGCACCCCCUCCCCUUAUGGACUGGCCUGCCCUCCAGGGCAAGUGCCCCCAUCCUCCCCUGGGCAGACCCCACUGGGGGCGCCCCACUCUAUUUCGUCCCCUCCCUCCCUGACCGGAACGCUCACCAAGUCUCGGCCCACCCCUAAGCCCAGGCAGAGACCCAGCCUGCCCCCUCCUCAGCCGCCCACAGCCCCUCCGGGGCUCUCUGGCCUGGCCACGGCCCCAGUUCCCCAGCCCCUGGAGCAGGGUCUCCUGGAUGGACUGUCUCCUGGGGAGAGCAUGUCUACAGCGGAUAUCUUCAAUUAUGAAAUCCCCUCCAUCAAUGUCAAUCUGGACAGCCUCAUCGAUGAGUUCAGCGGUGCCCCCUGCAGGAGGUCCCUCGCAGUGACAGACUCUCCAGAGGGGGACGCUGUGCCUGAGGAGGAGCCCCAGAGCACCACUCUAUGACCUAUGACCCUAAGGCAUCACAGCUUACCAGCACCCCUAUGGCUGUACAUACUCUUAACUGUCGCCGCCAAGGCCUGAUGGAAACACCAAUUGGCCUCACCAAUGCCCACCUGAAACCAGAACUUGAACCUUCCCUCACAUCUGCUACAGGCUGCAAAGAAACUCAUCUCUUACAAUUGCUCGCUAGUACAUAAAUGUGACUACAAAAAAAAAAAAACACCAAAAUGCCAUAGUGGAGGAACAGUUGCCUUU